AUGGUCCGUCUGACUUCGAUUCCCCACCUGGAGGUACUAGAGGUGCGCGAGCGCGCCGAAGUGCGUCUCCAAGGCUGCGAAGUUGCUGGCGGGGUAACCGUGCGGUCUGGGGCGCGCCUCUUCGCGGCGCAGAGCUUCUUCGGAUCGGAGUUCGUACAACGCGAUGAAGCAUCGUGUUCGGAGUUCGUGGACUGUAACUUCUCACGCCGUGCGCAAGUCCUGGAGGGAUUUUUUCGCGCACAUCGUUGCAAGUUUCUGCUUCCAAACUCAACUUAUGGCAGCUACAAAGAUACUCCCGACUAUCUGUUUGUACUGUGUUUGUAGCAUUUGUGCUGUGAUUUGGACAUUAUCCUAUUCUAUUUGGAACAAAUAUUUGGAGCUUGUUGAAUAGAAUACUAGCCAAGAAUGCAGCUGCUCAAAUUUUGAACCAUAGACAGCUCUAAAAUGAGAAAGGAGAUGGAAGGACAAGCGCGGCUCAGGACGCCGAGCUGGCUGGCGGUGGAAGUUCACAGCUGUGCUUCUACGCUUCUUGUGCGGGGGGUGUGCCUUCGCAGGCAAUCGAGAGUUUGUUUCACACAGUAUUAUCGAGCGCGCUGCGAGCCGAGGACGAAAAAAGUGCUAGUGCCAUUUUGAAUACAACAAGAACUGGGGCAUUGAUGUCGCAAUCCUCCCCAAGAACAGCAAAAACGUCCACCCAGGAUUUCGAGGUGGGGAUGAACAGGAGUGGUCGCACUAGAAAACACGAGCGUCGGACAUUGGAACAGCUUCUCUCCGGAAUAGGGGAGAUCGACGAUGGCGAGGGCAGCGAGCAGCACACGCCGGCGCGAAGAUCGCCUCGACGACUUUCGCGUGUUGGUUUCUCCUCACCGCGGCUUAGCAAUCAUGCCAGCAGCUACGCGGGCUCUCCGAGAUCUUGUCCUGGCGGUGCGAAGGAUCUAAGAAAUAGAACCACGCUAUCACGCACUCAGCAGCUCCUUGCCGCGGGAGACACGGUCCCGGACGAUUGGCCGCGCCUGAUGCCGCACCCGAGCUGCAGACGGCCUUUGCUGUGCGCGUUGCAGGACUGUCUUUUCCCCGACAAAGGAGACGUUCUUGUCCGUGGAAAGGGUGCUACCCUUUUUCUCGACGCUGGCACUGUUUUUGGUGGUACGGUCAAUGUGCAGGACGGCGCGGUGCUCUUGGGCUCCGCUCCUUGGAGCACAACCGAUGAACGGGAACUCCCCGGAGAGCGGCUCUGGUCCUUGAGUGAAGAUCGUGAUCGGAGAGCUACUUCUUUAGAUGGGUCAACGAUAAUGACGAGCCCGGCGCGGGCGGAUGGAGGGUGGACCUCGCCGAGACGAGCUUUUGCGGACAACACGCUGGUCUUCGAUGUCGAAAACAGUCGUCUUAUUGAGAACGAAGAUCCUGGCAAAAGUCAUGACGAUCAACAACAAAGUCAAGGCUUGUUCUAUGAUAGAAACUACAACCACGAUGACCAGCAGGAGGAUGUCAACACCGGAGCAGCUGGACCGCAGCGAUACGCUACUUCGCUUUCACCUGGUGCAACGCUUCUGUUACCAGCCGAAGAAGGACUCCAGUACGGAAGUCGAGAGGAACAAAACAGACAAUCUCUGCAUUUUGAUCGACAACAUGAGAAAUUCAACGCGACAAGAACACCCCACUCUCCACGUGGAGUCAAACGCGAGUCCAGACUGUAUGGCGUGCGCACAGAUCGCUCAGCUCGCCUGAUCGAUCUAUCUCAAUUGAGGGACGAGCAAGUAAAAAGUCAAACGC